CUCGAUCGUGUUGCUGACGUAGACGCAAAGUGCCGUGGAGUGCCGGUUGUAAACUGCAGUUAACCUAAAUGAGCGUUCGUGUAGUAAUAGUUAAUACGCAAUUUUUUCACUGUGAGUGAGAAAUAAGGGACAAUUGUGCAAUCGUUCCUUAUGAUCUUUCCCAAAUUUCUCAGCGACAAUGGCUGUUAGCAGCGGAGUGUCAUUCGUGCUUUCGUCAAUACUGAUGGUGUUGCUGUUCUCCGGCAUGCAGAUGUACAAAGUCUGGCUGAGCUCGUCGCAGCUGGGAACGAUUCUAGGAGGAUGGGUCGGAUCCCUGCUGUUCAUUUGUACGCUGACCGCAGUGGGAAACCUCGAGAGUACCUUAUUUGGAAAGUCAUUUCAACAGAAAUUACUUCCAGAAGUGGUCUUCUCGUUGACUCUAAGUCUAAUCGCUUCUGCCCUGAUCCAUCGCGUGUCCACCACGACGUGUUUGAUAUUCUCUUUGGUUGCGUUGUAUUAUAUGAACAGAAUUUCUCAAGAAACGUAUGGCGUGUCAGUACAGACUACAGUGUUGCAAUCCAAGAAACGCAAGUGAACAGGCACGAGGAUGUUUGCGUUUCAUAUCUUUUUACUAUCAUGUGUAUCAUAGUAUCAUAUGUUCCAUGCAAAGCUUCCAAUUUGUAAUACAAUGCCAAUUGUAAAUUG